UGUGUAUAAAUAUGCACAUGUACACGACGAAAUUCCAUGAACAGUGCUUCAGGAAUAUAAUUAAUCCUAGAUAAUGGAUUGGAUGUAUAAACAUUUACAUAAUUUUAUGCUUAAUCUGACCCUACACAAUUUACAACGUAUUAAAAUGAUAUUGAACUACAUAUAUAAACAUAGUCCUGCGAGUUUGAAGUUUCAUCCAUCAAUUGGGUUCCUCCGGCGUUGACGUUGCAAUUUAUAAAAAUGCUUAAAUAUAUCAUUAUUACAAUAUGUGUAGUCGGUUUUGUGGAAAGCUUUUUCUGGGAAUUGUGGAGUAAUCCAAUAAUUCCUGUGCGUGAGUUUAAUGGGCACAAAGUGUACAGAGUUGUUCCAGAGACAUUGGAACAGUUGGAUGUUCUGAAAUGGUUAGAGGCAGACAAUGACCUAGAUUUUUGGACCGACGCUGCAAUAUAUCAGAAUGUGGACAUAAUGAUUCAAAAGGAUAAGGUGAACGAAAUCCUCAAUACAUUCAAGGAAUACGAAAUUCAAUACCAAGUCAUGAUUGAAGAUGUUGAAACAUUGGUUGCAGCAGAGCGUCAUGCCAUUGAGAAUCACAAACCUUCUCGACGAUUUGACGAAAUUGACUGGUAUUCAUAUUACAGCUAUGACGAAAUCAUUGCAUGGGCAGAUUCUCUCGAUUGUGGAGAAAAUGUUGAUAUUUCGUCUCAAGUUUACGGCAGUAGUUCAGAAGGUCGUGACUUGAAGGUUUACAAAUUCACAAAUGGUUCUUCUGAUCCCAACCCGAGACCAUCCAUGUGGGUCGACGGUACAUUUCACGCACGGGAAUGGAUCUCACCUGCAACGGUGACCUAUUUUAUGAAUGAUUUGUGCAGAAAUCCUUCAAACACGUUUCUUAAUGACGUGGAUAUUUAUGUCGUGCCAAUCGUUAAUCCUGAUUACGAAUUUUCUACGAAUUUUCUCGUAACGUGGACAGAAUGUGGCGAAAAACAAGAAAGAAUCACAAUUCACCCGUUGGAUGCAUCGGUGUUGGUAUAUCCAAACAGAAAUUUCGAGUUUAAGUUUGGUGGUAAUGGAACCUCGAAUGACAAGUGUUCCAACAAUUACAGAGGACCAAAUGCAUGGUCAGAACCAGAAGUUCGGUCACUUGCAGAAUACUUGAUAAGCACUACAAAUAGUGCUGAUUGGAGGGCUUAUAUUACUGUACAUAGCUACGGACAAUACAUUUUGAUUCCGUACAGUUUUGACAAUGAAACGUUCCCUGCCGAUUUUCCCGAGAUGGAGAACUUGGCUACAGACAUGGAAUCUGCUAUGAAAGCUAUUCAUGGAACGCCGUUCACAGUUGGCCAUAGUGGAUCAAUUCUAGGGCCCACGUCUGGAUGUGCAGAUGACUGGGCGUACGAAGUUGCAAACAUUACAUAUUCGUACACUUAUGAGCUCCGAGAUACAGGAAGAUUUGGCUUUUUGUUGCCUGCACAAUACAUUAUUCCAACGGCGGAAGAGACUUUAGAAGGUUUAAAAUAUGCGGCUCGUUUCAUUACGCUCUGAUUUUUGGUCUAUGAAUGUAAAAAACUCAAGAAAAUUUAACAAAUGUGUGAGUAUAUAUUAUAUCAAUUAACAUUUUAUAAAUGUUUAUUCAGAAAAUAAACAGUUGGUUGAAACAAUUUGAAUUUUGCAAAAUGAACUCUUGAUAUUUCACUCUUGAUAGCAGUAAACUUUCAUGAUUCUUAAAACACUAACCCGUGUGAAUCACGUGUUCAGACCAGAAUAUAAAAUGAAUAAUUGAAAGUUGUAUAGUAAAAAUAAGA